UGUCAUAGUUGAAAGCAGUCCGGAUGAAUAUUUUAACACAAAUUAAAUAAUAAAGAUCUCAUAUUAUUUAUUAAUUAUAAGGUUUUAUUGAUGAAAAUGGAACUCAACGAUGUCAUCGUGAACCAGCCUGUGGUUAUAGACAAUGGUUCAGGAGUGAUUAAAGCUGGAUUUGCUGGUGAUCAAAUACCAAAAUGCAGGUUUCCGAACUAUAUUGGACGUCCGAAGCACGUCCGUGUUAUGGCAGGGGCUUUGGAGGGGGAGUUAUUUGUGGGCCCCCGAGCUGAGGAACACAGGGGCCUGCUUAGCAUAAAAUAUCCCAUGGAACAUGGUAUUGUAACGGAUUGGAAUGACAUGGAACGGGUCUGGAAUUAUAUUUAUAGUAAAGACCAGCUAUCGACAUUCUCCGAGGAGCACCCCGUGCUACUAACCGAGGCUCCGCUCAAUCCUCGCCGGAACAGAGAGAAGGCUGCCGAAGUCUUCUUCGAGACGUUCAACGUACCAGCCUUGUUCCUGUCGAUGCAGGCCGUGCUUAGUUUAUAUGCAACAGGUCGUACAACAGGUGUGGUUCUGGACUCCGGAGACGGUGUCACCCACUCGGUACCAAUAUACGAAGGCUUUGCGAUGCCUCACAGCAUCAUGAGGGUAGAUGUCGCUGGGAGAGAUGUCACCAGAUACUUGAGACUGCUGCUCCGCAAGGAGGGCGUGAACCUUCGCACGUCGGCCGAGCUGGAGGUGGUGCGGGCCGUGAAGGAGCGCGCGUGCUACCUGUCGCCCAACCCGCUCAAGGAGGAGGCGCUGGACGGAGAGCGCGCGCACUACGCGCUGCCCGACGGCACGCAGCUGGAGAUUGGACCAGCGAGAUUCAGGGCUCCGGAAGUCUUGUUCAGACCUGACCUCAUAGGUGAAGAAUGUGAAGGUCUCCACGAGGUCCUAAUGUUCGCCAUCCAGAAGUCGGACAUGGAUCUCCGGAAGGUGCUGUACCAGAACAUCGUUCUCAGCGGGGGCUCCACCUUGUUCCGAGGGUUCGGAGACAGGCUCCUGGCCGAGAUCAGGAGGCUGGCGCCCAAGGAUAUGAAGAUCAGGAUCUCUGCACCCCAAGAGCGUCUCUACUCAACAUGGAUAGGGGGUUCAAUUCUCGCCUCAUUGGACACGUUCAGAAAGAUGUGGGUCUCGAAACGGGAGUACGACGAGGAAGGUCACAGAGCUGUACAUCGCAAGACAUUUUAAAAUGCAUAUAUAUGUAUAUAUAGUUAUUACUUUGCUAUAUUUAAAAGACUUACUAGCUUAAA